UUUGAUUGAUAUAUUUUCCAGACUCUAAUUAUCAUCUGUACUGUUCUCAGAAAAGAUUGACAAUCAAGUAUUUACCCACGACCAAAAUCAGCGUAUUAUUUUUGAAAUAAACCCUCGCUCGUCCCUUUCGCAGCCAUCUUGAACUAAGCUACCAGGCCACACCGCAUAUAUGCGGUUUAUUUUCGCGCAUGCACAUGCAAUAAAUACUGGACCCUCUUUCACGCGAGCCAGAAUGUCGAACGCAAAGAGAGUCCCAGGUCUGGACUAAGCGCUCUCGUGCACGUGAUCAUGUGACGUUUGGUCAGGUGAUAUAAGCCAACAUACUAAGUGAAUGCUAACCAGCAUCGAGAAAUGGUCGGACCUGAGCCAAGCAAUGCUGCGCGAUACCGGCAACGCACGAGUCUCCUUUAGAAAGUCCAAAUUCUCACAUGCAGAACGUCUAUUUGCAUAUGCUGAGCGCGCAGCCCAUUAAGCACAAACAAAAUGGAUGACAGAGAUAAAGACCUGAAUUUGCUGCUCUUUUUAGAGGAGCAGAGACGGCAAAUAACCCAGCAAAUAGAGCUUCUAACAAUGAAGAUCAGGUAUGGACCGGCUGCUGAUAAUGUGAGCUAUGGGUUGCAUUACAAAGCCACAAAGUCGCUCAUGUUUACUAACCGAAUAUAUGAGGGAUCGUCAAUGCAAGCAAACUGGAUUGAAAACGGGCCACAAAUGCUUGCCGGUCGUAUUGAUGAGGGACCGCCAAUGCUUGCCGGUCGUAUUGAUGAGGGACCGCCAUUGUUUGCUAACCGAAUAAGUGAAGCUGAAAUUAAAUCGUUCGAACCCGAAGAUGGAACACACCAGAAUACUAUUCCACAGGACAGCAUGGGCUUUAUUCCACAGGAUAAUAUGGGUUACCGAUUACUGAAGAAAAUGGGCUGGCGAGGUUAUGGCACUGGUCUAGGGAAAAGUUCACAGGGUUUAGCAGAACCUAUAACGGCUACUGGGGUAGCCCGGCGAGAACUGGGUCUAGGAGCAUCCGGGAACGCAGCACGCAAAGGGAGGAAAAGGAAGAAGACUGGGAACGAGACCUACAAGGAGCAAGGUGGGAAAGCUAAGAAGAUGAGUAAGAAAGAUAAAAAAAGCAAGCAAGUUCCGGGUGAAAAGAGCAAGCAAGUCCCAGAUAAAAAAAGCAAGCAAGUUCCGGGUGAAAAGAGCAAGCAAGUCCCAGAUAAAAAAAGCAAGCAAGUUCCGGGUGAAAAGAGCAAGCAAGUCCCGGAUAAAAAAAACAAGCAAGUUCCGGGUGAAAAGAGCAAGCAAGUCCCGGAUGAGAAAAGUAAGCAGGCUUCCGGUAAAAAAAGCAAGCAAGAAUCAAAUACAGCCGGACCAAAAAAGAAAAACGAAUGCUACAGGAAGAUUCUGAAUAAGAAACGUCGCCUGCAGCGUAGACUGCGCAAAUUGAACGAGAAAUACUUAAUCUGUAAAACCGAGAAUGGCAGUAAAGCCGCCAAGAAAGAAAAGGGAACAAGCGGCGCCGAAAAUCAAAAGAUCCAAGAAGUGGUUGUUAUUUCCUCUAGAAAGGAGAAGAUGAGUCGCGGAGACACGUCAUCGGGUGCCAAUUUACAAGUCAAUCAUCCAAGACGCAAAAAGUCCAAAAGCACACCCAAAUCAUCGGUGAAUCUCCGGGAAACCAUCGGUAACUCAUCGGCGAACCGAGGCAACAACGAUGGUAAAUCAAAGGGAGAAAAUGGGAAAAAAUCCAAAAAGUCUAGACGCAGAAGAAAAAACGACCAGCGUCACAAGAUGAUAGACUUUAUCAAAGGCGUGACACAGCAAGUGGUGACUUCAAGCCUCAACUACCUUGACUUCCGGUCACCAGUAAUUUAAUGAUGACGUUAUUCGUCACGUGACCUCAAGCCUCAACUACCUUGACUUCCGGUCACCAGUAAUUUAAUGAUGACGUUAUUCGUCACAUGAUCUCAAGCCUCAACUACCUUGACUUCCGGUCACCAGUAAUUUAAUGAUGACGUUAUUCGUCACGUGAUCUCAAGCCUCAACUACCUUGACUUCCGGUCACCAGUUAUUUAAUGAUGACGUUAUUCGUCACGUGAUCUCAAGCCUCAACUACCUUGACUUACGGUCACCAGUAAUUUAAUGAUGACGUUAAAUGUCAACUUAUUCUUCACAUUACUUCUAGCCUCAAUUACCUUGACUUCCGGUCACGUGAUCGAGCACCAGUACUUUAAUGAUGACAUCAAUGUGAACCUGUUCACGUGACCUUCAGCCUGAUCUACCUUGACAGCCAGUAUCUUAUUGACGACGUCACACAUGUCCACGCGAGCUUCAGCUCGAACCCUAUGCUAAUCACGUUGAGAAGAAUCAGGACCUAAAUAAUGACGUCACACGUAUACAGAUCACAACACGCACACUUUACUUUGAGAAUUUUCUUGCUAUGUGGAUUUGUUGAAAUGACCAAAUGUUAAUAAAAAAACACUGUUAUAA